AUACACGUAGCGCCGCCAAUGACACUUCGAGGUAGGGGACUGUACCGGUGUAAUCGGGAAUUGUCGUAAAGCAUUCCUCGAGAAAGCACUAAUAAUGUUUGGGAGUGAAGGCCCCGGACGAAAACUAAUCCAUUUGCCACGUCAUCAUAAAGAUAGGCCUCUGAUGGUGGAGAACGAAUCUUGGCCACUCAUAAGCCACAUCCUAGAUUCCUUCCUCCACUGCAGAAAAAACUUCUCCCCAACCCCCAAUUUUCUCAGUUGAAAAUAGUAGUACUCCACACUUGCAUUUUUUCCAAAUCCCAGUUUCCAGUUUUGGGCUCUCCAAUGGCUGCUGUUUCAAUUACUGCCAGUCUUGGGUUCCAACCUACAAUGCUGACUCAGUCUACCAAGAUAAACCAUUCCCAGGUAAAUGGAGUGAAGCUAGUUUCCAUGGGCUCGGCAAGGAGGGGCUUCGCUUCUCUCAGAACCUCCCGCUUCAGUAUUUCUUGCGCAGCAAAGCCCGAAACAGUGGAUAAAGUAUGUGAGAUUGUGAGGAAACAAUUGGCACUCACACCCGAAUCUGAGGUCACUCCAGAUACCAAGUUUACAGCACUAGGUGCAGAUUCCCUUGACACAGUGGAGAUUGUGAUGGGACUAGAGGAAGAGUUUGACAUUACUGUGGAAGAGGAGAACUCUGAUAACAUAACGACUGUCCAAGAAGCGGCUGACUUGAUUGAGAAACUCGUUCAAAAGAAAGCCGCAGCUUAGAACCUAUAUUCCGCAGCCGAAGAUAGACAAAUGUGAGCAUUACGGAAAUUUUUUGAGCUUGUGUGAGGUAGGAUCAUUUGGUGGAGCUAGACCUAGUUGUUGCUUGUUUUCUGCAUUCGUAUUUUCUAGAGAAGAAAUGGUAUCGGUAUUGGAAUUUUGAAUUACGAUUCAAUUCCUUCUUGCAAGAUUUGGGUGGAGGAUCACACCAGACCUGGUAUGAAGGCAUUGUUGAUGUGUCUUUUUGCAACAACAUUAGUGUUCUUUCUAAUAGCUUAAACUUUUAUA